AUGGAGAGGAGGAGGAAGAUGGCGGGAGGGCGGCUCUGAGGAGACCUCGGCGGCGGCGGAGGAGGAGAGAAGCGCAGCUUCGCGCAGCGCCGGGGCCCAUGUGGGGAGGAGUCGGAAUCGCUGUUGCCGCCGCCGCCGCCUGUAGCUGUCAGAGCCGGGUGGGAGUGAGGGGGACGCGGCAGGAUGAAGUUCGCCGAGCACCUCUCCGCGCACAUCACUCCCGAGUGGAGGAAGCAGUACAUCCAGUAUGAGGCAUUCAAGGAUAUGCUGUAUUCAGCUCAGGACCAGGCACCUUCUGUUGAAGUUACAGAUGAGGAUACAGUUAAGAGAUAUUUUGCCAAGUUUGAAGAAAAGUUUUUCCAAACCUGUGAAAAGGAACUUGCCAAAAUCAACACAUUUUAUUCAGAGAAGCUGGCAGAGGCUCAGCGCAGGUUUGCUACACUUCAGAAUGAGCUUCAGUCAUCACUGGAUGUGCAGAAAGAAAGCAGUGGUGUCACAACAUUGCGACAACGCAGAAAGCCAGUGUUCCACCUGUCCCAUGAGGAGCGUGUCCAACAUAGGAAUAUUAAAGACCUUAAGCUGGCCUUCAGCGAGUUCUACCUCAGUCUCAUCCUGCUGCAGAACUAUCAGAAUCUGAAUUUUACAGGGUUUCGAAAAAUCCUUAAAAAGCAUGACAAGAUCCUGGAAACAUCUCGUGGAGCAGAUUGGCGAGUGAUUCAUGUAGAGGUGGCCCCAUUUUAUACAUGCAAGAAAAUCAACCAGCUCAUUUCUGAGACUGAGGCUGUGGUCACCAAUGAACUUGAAGAUGGUGACAGACAAAAGGCUAUGAAGCGGUUACGGGUCCCUCCAUUGGGAGCUGCUCAGCCUGCACCAGCAUGGACUACUUUUAGAGUUGGCCUAUUUUGUGGAAUAUUCAUUGUGCUGAAUAUUACCCUUGUGUUUGCAGCUGUAUUUAAACUUGAAACAGAUAGAACUGUAUGGCCCUUGAUAAGAAUCUAUCGGGGUGGCUUUCUUCUGAUUGAAUUCCUUUUUCUACUGGGCAUCAACACAUAUGGUUGGAGACAAGCUGGAGUAAAUCAUGUCCUCAUCUUUGAACUUAAUCCAAGAAACAAUUUGUCUCAUCAGCAUCUCUUUGAGAUUGCUGGAUUCCUGGGGAUAUUGUGGUGCCUGAGCCUUCUGGCAUGCUUCUUUGCUCCAAUUAGUAUCAUCCCUAUAUAUGUGUAUCCACUUGCCCUUUAUGGGUUUAUGGUCUUCUUCCUUAUCAACCCCACCAAAACUUUCUACUAUAAAUCCAGAUUUUGGCUGCUUAAACUUCUGUUUCGAGUAUUUACUGCUCCCUUCCAUAAGGUAGGCUUUGCUGAUUUCUGGCUGGCCGAUCAGCUGAACAGCCUGUCAGUGAUUCUCAUGGACCUGGAAUAUAUGAUCUGCUUCUACAGCUUUGAGCUUAAAUGGGAUGAGAGUAAGGGCCUGUUGCCAAAUGAUCCACAAGGACCAGAAUUUUGCCACAAAUAUACAUAUGGUGUGCGAGCCAUUGUUCAGUGUAUUCCUGCUUGGCUGCGCUUCAUCCAGUGCCUGCGCCGGUACCGUGACACAAGGAGGGCCUUUCCUCAUCUAGUAAAUGCUGGCAAAUAUUCCACAACUUUCUUCACCGUGACAUUUGCAGCCCUUUACAGCACUCACAAAGAACAAAAUCACCCUGACUACAAGGUGUUCUUUUACCUGUGGGUCUUCUUUUGUAUCAUCAGUUCCUGCUAUACCCUCAUCUGGGAUCUCAAGAUGGACUGGGGUCUCUUUGAUAAGAAUGCAGGAGAAAACACUUUCCUCCGGGAAGAAAUUGUAUACCCUCAAAAAGCCUAUUACUACUGUGCCAUCAUAGAAGAUGUGAUACUGCGCUUCGCUUGGACUAUCCAAAUCUCUAUUACUGUUACAACUUUUAAGCCUCAUGUUGGGGACAUCAUUGCUACUGUCUUUGCCCCCCUUGAGGUUUUCCGGCGAUUUGUGUGGAACUUCUUCCGUCUGGAGAAUGAACAUCUAAAUAACUGUGGUGAAUUCCGAGCCGUACGGGACAUCUCUGUGGCCCCCCUCAAUGCGGAUGACCAGACACUACUUGAGCAGAUGAUGGACCAGGAGGAUGGGGUGCGAAACCGCCAGAAGAACCGGUCGUGGAAGUACAACCAGAGCAUAUCCCUGCGCAGGCCCCGCCUGGCUUCCCAAUCCAAGGCUCGCGACACUAAGGUAUUGAUAGAAGACACAGACGACGAAGCUAACACUUGAAUUCGCUGAAGUCUAGAGUAACAUCCUUGGUUUUCUACUCUACAAUCCUUUCCUCGACCAACGCAACCUCCAGCACCUUUUUCCAGCUGAGAACAGGAGAAAACAGAACACGUUCCCGGGCUCUUCAGAUCGGGUCCUAUGGACUCCGAGCAAGCUCACUGUGUUUCUUUUCUUUUCUUCUGGUUUAAUCUUCAUUUUCUAUUUUUAAAACAAAUACUUCAUUUUGCCAAUCAGAAGAUGUUUUAAGGAACAAACACCUAAUAUCUUACAGAUUGUUUACAAUCACAAGGAUACAGAAGCCCAUCAGGAUGAAGAGAAGCAUUGGAAGGAGCGUCUGAUGCACUGCACGGAGAGCUCAGCUUCACCGGCCGGUUUUGACUGUCUGAAACCGGAUACCGGUUUUUAAAUUUUCUGUCAGUUUCUAUGGAGAGUCUUUCCCUUCCUUCACAGCCAGUGCAGAAGCACUGGCAGCACUUGCAGGGGAAGUGCAGCUCGGAGCAGCACCUCCUCCACAAAGCUACUUUUAAUUCGAUGUGACUUUUCUCAUCUGGGGAGGGUUUCGGGUGGGUGGGGAAUAUGCUGUAUUCAUUACAUGCAGUUUCUCAUUAUUUAUGAAACUUAACCAUAAAUGAAUGCUGCUCCUGUGAAUGGAGGCAGGAGGAACUGAGGCUCGCUGGCAUUGCGGAGGGUCAAGCCCACACACCUCUUCCAGGAAACAACUAGUUUGAUUUUUUUUUUCCCUCAUUUGUUUUAACUUUAAACCAAAGUUUUAUUGCUAAAUUUUAAGUUGCUGCUCUAGAGUCCCAAGCAUCACUGUCAUGACCAGGCAGGCAUCCCACUCGCAUCCCAGUGGUGGACAUCCAGAGAAAAGGUUCUGACAGUUGUUUCUAUAGGAGCAGGUGCAGGAUACAGUCACCCAAAUACCAGUCACAAAGAUGACGUUUUGCCGUGUGCGUCUGCAUAUGGGAGAAUUGUAAUCUUUACCAGUGGAAAGACAGGCCGCUUUCAGACCCCUCACACUUCAUCAGACAUUUCCCCUUCUGGCCUCACCUACCUCAGCCAGAAUUUGAUCAAAUUAAAAGUCUUUUGUGAGGACUGUAUGUCUGAGCAUCUAGAACAAAUCCUUUAUAUUCGUUGACACAAAAGAUCUUGGUGGCUAUUUUUAACCCAGCUGUAUUAAAAGGUGAUAUUGAAUUUUAUAACACCCCCACCAUGGCCUGCUUUUAAAUUCAGGGCUUCUAAACCUGGUCAUACUUUUAAAAUUAUAUUUCUUAGAAAAUUGAGGGUAUAAAUACCCACUUUAUUCUUUAUCUCACCCCCUUUCUUCAUAAGUUCUCUAGAGAAGCCUGAAAACACAUAGCGUUUGACUUUCUUGAAAAUGGUUGGUUUCAGAUCUGGUAUUCAUCAGUACUGGGAAUAUAGAUCAUUGGUAGUAGUGACUGCCCAGCAUUCUUGAGACCCUUGAUUUUCUCUCCAGCAUGGGUCAGGGUAGAGAAACAGCCAUUAUUCAGUAAAAUUAAUAUAAAUACCAGGAAAAGGUAAAUGGCCCCACCCCUCAGAUCUAUAUAAAAGUCCCACAUAGGAGAGUCAUGAACAUGUGCCCUUGUCAAAUUAACUUUAGACUGAGAAACCGGUGACUAGGGAAACAGCAGUAACACAUUGUUUUAAAACUUGGCUACUGCCCCUUAUCUUGUGCUUUGUUGUUAGCUCCUCCUGCAUAUCAAACCUUUACUCACUAAAGUUACAGCACUGCUAAAAUCCUACUGAUUAACUCAUCAACUUCGGUUUACAAAGUUUCUUCCAUUUUUAUUCUGACAAAGUUCCAUUUUUUUCCUCCUAUCUGGAUUGAGAUUUUUAACAACACCAUGCCCCCCCACGCCCAAAAAGCUCACUCAAUGUUGUAGGUUCUGUUGCUUUUUGUGUUUUGCCAAGCAUGUCCCUUGCCCCAAAACUAAAGAGCAAACGUUUAUUUAAAAUAAAAACAAAACUAUAAAUAAAUUGUAUACUUUAUAAUAAUCAGUGGUAACAAUUUAGAGACCCCUGGUAGAUUAAAGGUUGCAUUAUUUCUAUUUAGAAUUUUUUUUUCCUUACUAUUCUGGGGUUUUGUACUUUAAAGCUGGGGAUAGACUUCACUGGUUUCUGAGGUAACAGCAGUAAUGAUUAGGAAUAUAUAGAAAAGUUCAGUGACCAGUCAUUUCUUGUACAAAUAAAAUCAGUGGUACUGUGUAUCCAGAGCCCUGUGAAUUGUCAGCUUCUUUCUCUGGUAGUGAGCUGAAUGGCGGCACACAUGACUCACAGUUGACUCCUGAUGUUCCAGCUCUCGGAUGUCUUUAUGUCAGCACAGAGCCAGUUUGGUCUUUCUCCUCCUGCCAGGAUCCCAGGCCCUAAUCAGUAUUAUUUCUUUCAUAAACGUAAGUGAUGGAGUAUAUUCCUUUUCUGAUAUCUGUGCUGUUGACUACUCAGACAUAAGCUUACAUGCUGUGAGGCUUACGUGGCAGAUGCCCCAGUGUGUAUUCAAAUGCUCUGGCUGCAUCCCUUCCCAGCUCUAAAGAGAUUACUCCAUCAAAAGAUUUUAGGAAACAACAUAUGCAUUAAUUAUUUUCUUCUGAAAAAGGCGAUGUGCAUUUUUCUUUCCUCAGUUUCAUCUGCCCCAGGCACUGUGAGCAGUGUCCUACUAAUGGACUCUUGGAUAAUCCUGUACCCUGAAACUCUCAAUGGAACAUACCAAUGUCAUGUCACAUAAACCAGAAGUAACAUUUAUCUGAUUGUAGCCUUAGAACUCUUAAUUUUACUUUUAUUUGAAAAGGACCCCAUUUUUAAUAGCGCUUGAAAUACCCCCAAAAGAAAUGAAAAAGAGACUAAAGUCCACUUUUCAUUUUAUACUCAUGCAGAAAACAGUAUAGUUGGAAGAGAUACUAUCUGUUUGUUGUUAGCAAAUUAGCCUAAACCUCAGAUGCCCUCCCAUACCGAGGCAGUGGCGGGAUCAGCGAUGAAGUCAGUCCCAUAGUUGGGUGUAAUGGCCAUGUGCAGGCUUUCUAUCUCCAGCCCCCUAUUAUUACACUCCUUAAACAAACUGUUUAGAUUCAGGGGACACAGUGUGAGUGCCAGUAGCUCAGCAAGAACCCAGAUGACCUUUUAGAGGAGGCCCUUCCUCCUGGGAGCCAUGACUCCCUGAUGUUCUAGAUGAGCUCUCUUGGGUGGUGUCUUUCCACCAUGCUUCCCUGUUUUCUGAGCAGGUGAACCUAAGGCAAGGCAAGAGCAGAACUGAGGCACAUUGACAGGGGUCAGAGUAAUAGAAUUUUGCUCCUAGUUGAUGGAGAGGACUGGGUGGGGCAGUGGCAGCAGGAACAGGGCACUGGUAAAUCAUGUGACUCGGGCUGUGACUUCCUGUCCCUCUAAGCUUCCACUUCCUGUCACGUGCAUUAUUUAAGGAUAGUUCUUCACUCCCAAAUUCAAUUUUCCAAGCAGUAACUGCAGAGAUUUCUUAUUCUAAGAAAAGGGAUUUAGGAAUUACACUAUCUGUGACAUUAUAUUAAAACCAUGGGAUUCUCUAGUGAUUAUACUAUUGCAUAAAUACGUUUUAGGUUGUUGUUUUUUACUAGUUUAAUAAAAUUUGCCUUCCUCUCAAUAGGAACUUUUUACUAUAAACAGUAUGUUUCAGUAUCUAAAAUUAAGGUAACUUCUUAGACUAAACAUUGAUUGUGUGGAAUCUUGAGCUACAGAAACCAUACUUUUCUCUAUUCUAAUGAGCCAGUGUCAUUACUGACCAAGGGAAAAUAGAAAUUCGGGUUGAAUUUGGAAAAUGGUAAGAUGUUUUCUAAUUGUUUUUGUUUUGUUUUGUUUUGUUUUUGGUGGUCAUUCACUUAAACAUGAAUUUCUGCAUUUCAGGUAUCAGUCAUGAUACUUGAUGUUAAAGCUCCCAGCCUGCGUAUUUCAUGUUUAUACAAUGCCAGAACACAUGGUUGUGUGGGAUAGAGUUGAUUAUAUUGUAGCAUCAGUUUGUGUUAUUCAGUGUUAGGAGCCAGCCCUCUAGCCAACAUUAACCACACUCUACUCAAUGAAUAUUUUUUAAAAAGCAAAACAUUUCAUCAGCCCUGCAAGAGCUGCAGUUAGAGAGUAGAGUCUGCCUGACGGAGAAGAGGUGCUUGAUGGGCGUGGCCCAAUGCCUUUCUUACAAGAACUUUCAAAACUGAUAACGAUUUGCCUGCCCCCUAGAAACAACCUUCAGAAUAUUUCUUAUCGUGGAUGAGGAAGUGAGGGGGACAAGAUGAGUUUCCCCAGAAGUGGGGAAAACCAUAUCAAUUUACAACUGAAUAUGUUUUCUUGUAGCAAACCCUUGGUUUAUUUUAUUAAGCCAAUGCCAGCUUCAGUUUUUUUAUACGGUGCCAUUCAUCUACGGAGGACAAUCAAGUGACCUACUGUUUGCCUUGGAUUCAGUGUCUAUUGAUUGAGUCUCAUCUUGUAUACCUUUGAACUUAAUUCCCACUUGACUCCUGUCCAUCUGAACCACCACAAGGCAGAGGGCAGCCGGUGGCACUGCUGGACAGAUGUGGACGUGUGAGAAAGGGCAGGGUCCUGCCUCACUGUCUCUCCAACACUCUCUAAAGUUCUUGCCUGCACUUCUCCCGUUGUCCCUGGCAACACUAGUAUGCUGUGGACAGGGAGAAGGACUGCUUGUGUUUGUUUUAAACUGUUAAGAUAAAAUUGUAAACCACUCCUAUUUCAGUUGCAAAAACAAA